AUGAACCAGAGAAAAACGGAUUGGUUAUGGAGCGGAAAAGAAAGAAAGUGUCUCUAUCUCCUUCAACAGAGGAAUUCCAGGGCAACCCUUCUGCAAAUCCACGCAUUUAUGCUCCAAAACUCUCUCUUAACCAACAUUAACCUCCUCACGAAGCUCAUCGAUGCCUUUGUCUCCUCCGACCGGCUUGCCGGCAUUACCCAUGCUCGCCGCAUAUUUGACUUCAGCACUCAAAAGGACGACACUUUUCUCUGCAACACCAUGAUUAAAUCCCAUUUGAAUGCUCGCCAGUUCACUAAAGCCACCUUCUUGUACAGAGAUCUAUUAAGGGAUGUCGAUUUUCAGCCGGAUAAUUACACUUUUUCCAGUCUAGCCAAGUGUUGUGGGCUUACAAUGGCGGUUUUUGAAGGGCUUGGAGUUCAUAAUCACUCCUUGAAACGUGGGUGUGUGAACUUGUAUGUGGCGACUUCUUUGGUUGACAUGAUUGAGAAAUACACUAGCUUGGGAAUGAGGAAUGAUCUGAGGUGCUUCCAGGUUGGGAAGAUGAAAAAGAGUCUGCCAACAGCUCAGAUGUUAAGCUUGGUGAUUGGGACACUCCAUCGGCAGUUUAUUCAGAAAGAUGUCAACAAUUUCGAGGAUUUCCACACAGCCAUGCUUGAUAUUUUCAGUACGGUCAAUUCUGCACUUCCUGGUAAACACUACGAUGUUCCACCUCUAAAAGAGGUCGAGGCAUGUUUUAGAGAAUGGAGUUUAGCCAAUGACGCGGAAAAGAAAACUUUGUUCAUGAAGUUUAUGACGAAGCAGCUGACUCUCAGCAAAUUAGAUGACUCUUCCCUCAUCACUGGGCUUGUCACACCUCCUGCAGCAAUGGCGGCUAAGAGGGCGGGGGAGUCUCUGCCCCAACUCAAAUUGAUUAAAGCUAUUCCUGAUGUUAUUUUUGUGCCAUCAGCAACUGUGCUUGCGCUCAUCUCUGUAAAAUUAUCCAGGAAAAUGUUUGUAGGACAAGUGGCUUCUUGA